CGCAUCCCCCCGCCUCCGGCCGGCACCGCGCACCCCCCCGCGCCCCGCUCCGCGCCCCGCCGCGCACCAUGGCCCUGCUGCUGCAGCUCCGCACCGCCUCCGGCCUCCGCGGCAGAGCCGACCGCAUCGCCAAAGCGGCUUUCCGAGGGCUCUCCUUCUACACCCGAGUGCUUGAGAACUGCGAGGACGAGGCCAGGUUUGACGAGACCUUCCGCUGGCCGGUGGCAAGCAAUAUCGAUGGGAAUGAGAUCCUGGAGAUCCAGGUGUUCAACUACAGCAAAGUCUUCACCAACAGGCUCAUUGGCACAUUCCGGAUGGUCCUGCAAAAGGUGGUGGAGGAAGGGCAGGUAGAGGUGACGGACACACUCAUAGACGACAAUAAUUCAGCCAUUCAGACCAGCAUCUCCAUAGAGAUCAGGUACCAGGCUCUGGACGGGACGGUGGGCACCUGGAAUGACAAGGAGUUCCUGGAGACCCCCAGCGUCCACUCAGAGGGGGAUGGCAGGUACCCUCUAGAGACAGACAGCCUCCUCUCCGGCCACCGGCAGGGCUCGGACAUCUCCCCGGGCAAAUCCAACCAGCAGUCUGCAGAGAGGAGCUUCAGAAGAGCCGGGAAAGGAGUUUUUUCAGCCAUGAAGCUUGGCAAGACACGUCCAUCAAAGGAUGACCAUCGGAAGCAAGAUGAACCCGCUGUUUUGGAGGCGGAAGACCUGGACCGAAAAGCCGUGAGACAGGGAUGUGGACUGGAGCCAGACACCAUCUCCUUGGCCUCCGUCACAGCCGUCACCACCAAUGUCUCGAAUAAGAGGUCCAAGCCUGACAUCAAAAUGGAGCCGAGUGCUGGGAGGCCAAUGGAUUACCAGGUCAGCGUCACCAUCAUCGAGGCCCGGCAGCUGGUUGGGCUCAACAUGGACCCCGUGGUCUGCGUGGAGGUCGGAGAGGAGAAGAAAUACACGUCCAUGAAGGAAUCGACCAAUUGCCCUUACUACAACGAGUACUUCGUCUUCGAUUUCCACGUCCCCCCAGAUGUCAUGUUCGACAAGAUCAUCAAGCUGUCCGUGAUCCACUCAAAAAACCUCCUGCGGAGUGGCACUUUGGUAGGGUCCUUCAAGAUGGACGUUGGGACUGUUUAUACUCAGCCUGAGCACCAGUUCUACCACAAAUGGGCCAUCCUUUCUGACCCCGAGGAUCUCACCGCCGGGCUGAAAGGUUACCUGAAGUGUGACAUCGCUGUGGUAGGGAAAGGGGACAACAUCAAGACGCCACACAAAGCCAAUGAGACGGACGAGGAUGAUAUCGAAGGGAACCUCCUCCUCCCGGACGGGGUCCCUCCGGAGAGGCAGUGGGCUCGUUUCUACAUCAAGAUCUAUCGAGCAGAGGGGCUGCCCCGUAUGAACGCCAGCAUCAUGGCCAAUGUGAAGAAGGCUCUCAUUGGGGAGAACAAGGACUUGGUGGAUCCCUACGUGCAGGUGGUCUUUGCAGGGCAGAAGGGGAAGACAUCUGUACAGAAAAGCAGCUAUGAGCCUCUCUGGAACGAGCAAAUAGUCUUCACGGAAAUGUUCCCCCCAUUGUGCAAGCGGAUAAAGAUCCAGAUCCGAGACUCAGACAAAGUCAAUGAUGUGGCCAUUGGUACCCAUUUCAUUGAUUUGCGGAAGAUCUCUAAUGAAGGAGACAAAGGCUUCCUGCCCACCUUUGGCCCCGCGUGGGUGAACAUGUACGGCUCCACUCGGAACUACACCCUGAUGGACGAGCACCAAGAGCUAAACGAGGGUCUGGGUGAAGGCGUCUCCUUCCGGGCCAGGCUUUUGAUGAGUCUUGCUGUGGAGAUCUUGGACACCACCAACCCGGAGAUCAACAGCUCCACCGAGGUGCAAGUCGAGCAGGCUCCAUCAGUUGCUGAUAACUGCACUGGGAAGAUGGAGGAGUUCUUUCUCUUUGGAGCCUUCCUGGAGGCUACUAUGAUCGACAGGAAGAUUGGCGACAAACCCAUCAACUUCGAGGUCACAAUAGGUAACUAUGGGAACCAGAUCGAUGGCAUGACCAAACCCACGCUACGGAGGAAGAAAGAGGGAGGGGAUGGGCAGGAGGAGGAGUCCGAGCUGCUCCAGAACUCAAGUGAGGAUGAAGGUGAUGAGGAUGGAGAGCUGGUCUCUGUUUCCUCAUCUCAACCCGUGAAGCCCCUGGUCACAGACAGGAACUACUUCCACCUGCCGUACUUUGAGAAGAAGCCCUGCAUCUACAUCAAGAGCUGGUGGCAGGACCAGCGCCGCAGAUUGUAUAACGCCAACAUCAUGGACAAGAUUGCGGACAAGCUGGAGGAAGGGCUCAACGACGUGCAGGAAAUGAUCAAAACGGAGAAGCCGCAUCCGGAGCGCCGGCUCCGAGGGGUCCUGGAGGAGCUGAGCAGUGGGUGCUUGCGCUUCGUGACGUUGGCUGACAAGGACCAGCACCACUCUUCCCGCACGAGGCUGGACCGGGAGAGGCUCAAGUCCUGCAUGCGGGAGCUGGAGAACAUGGGGCAGCAAGCCACGACUCUGCGGUCGCAGGUGAAGAAGAACACCAUGAAAGACAAGCUGAAGCUGGCGCAAAACUUCUUGCAGAAACUCCGGUUCUUGGCGGACGAGCCCCAGCACACUAUUCCCGACAUCUUCAUCUGGAUGAUGAGCAACAACAAGCGCAUUGCCUACGCCCGCGUCCCUUCCAAGGAUAUCCUCUACUCCAUUGUGGAUGAGGAGAUGGGCAAGGACUGCGCCAAAGUGAAGACCCUCUUCCUCAAGCUACCUGGGAAGAGAGGGUUUGGACCUGCUGGCUGGACAGUUCAGGCCAAGAUGGAGAUGUACUUGUGGCUGGGCCUCAACAAACAGCGCAAAGACUUCCUGAGUGGCCUGCCCUGUGGCUUCGAGGAGAAGAAGACAGCCAGAGGCCAAAACCUGCCGUCCUUCCCCCCCAUCAGCCUCCUUUACACCAAGAAGCAGGUGUUCCAGCUGCGGGCCCACAUGUACCAAGCCAGGAGUUUAUUUGCAGCCGACAGCAGUGGCCUUUCGGACCCCUUUGCACGAGUCUUCUUCAUCUCCCAGAGCCAAUGCACCGAGGUUCUCAAUGAGACCCUUUGCCCGACCUGGGACCAGCUGCUGGUCUUCGACAAUGUGGAGCUGUAUGGAGAAGCCCAUGAGAUGCGGGAUGACCCUCCCAUAAUUGUCAUUGAGAUCUAUGACCAGGACACGGUGGGCAAAGCUGACUUCAUGGGCCGCACCUUUGCCAAACCGGUGGUGAAGAUGUCAGAUGAGCACUACUGCCCCCCGCGCUUCCCCCCGCAGCUGGAGUACUACCAGAUCUACCGCGGCAACUCCACAGCAGGUGACCUCCUGGCUGCCUUCGAGCUGCUCCAGAUUGGCCCUGGGGGCAAGUCAGACCUGCCCCCAAUCGACGGCCCCACGGACAUGGACAGGGGCCCCAUCCUGCCGGUGCCACUGGGGAUUCGGCCGGUGCUGAGUAAAUACAGAGUGGAGAUCUUGUUUUGGGGGCUCAGGGAUCUGAAGAGAGUGAACCUGGCCCAGGUGGACCGGCCCCGUGUGGACAUUGAGUGUGCUGGGAAGGGCGUCCAGUCAUCCCUCAUCCAGAACUACAAGAAAAACCCCAACUUCUGCACUUUAGUCAAGUGGUUCGAAGUGGACCUCCCGGAGAAUGAGCUGCUCCAUCCACCCCUCAACAUCCGGGUGGUGGACUGCCGGGCUUUCGGGCGUUACACCCUGGUGGGGUCCCACGCCGUCAGCUCCCUCCGAAAGUUCAUCUACCGCCCACCAGAUAAGAAAGCCCAGCACUGGAAUAUGACAGCUAAACACCUCAACGGCUAUCUGGCAAUGGCCAACGGGGCCCAUCGCUCUCGCCCCACAGGGGAGAUCGUGGUCAAUAUGGAACCUGAGGUUCCCAUCAAGAAGAUGGAGACGAUGGUGAAGCUGGAAGCUAACUCGGAUGCAGUGGUGAAGGUGGACGUGUCUGAGGAAGAGAAGGAGAAAAAGAAGAAGAAGAAGAAAGGAGGAGGAGGAGGAGAGGAAGUAGAAGAGGAGGAGCCGGACGAGAGCAUGCUGGACUGGUGGUCCAAGUAUUUUGCUUCAAUUGAGACUAUGAAGGAGCAACUCCGGCAGCAGGAAGCGGCCGCAGCAGAGGCGGAGGAGAAGGAAGAAAUGGAGAUUGCAGAGGAAAUCAAACUUGAUGACUCUCCCAUGAAAGGCUCCAAGGGUCAGGGGAAGAACAAGGAGAAGUCCAAGGCACCUAAGGACGAUAAGAAAAAGAAGCAACAGUCAGCCCCUGAGCUUCCUGAGAAGAAGAACAAGCAGAAGAUUGAUGAACUGAAGGUCUUCAACAAAGAGCUGGAAACAGAGUUUGAUAACUUUGAGGACUGGCUGCACACCUUCAACCUGCUCCGUGGGAAGACUGGGGACAACGACGACAACGCAACGGAAGAGGAGCGGAUAGUGGGGAGGUUCAAAGGCUCCAUGUGUGUCUACAAAGUGCCGCUCCCUGAUGAUAUCACCAAGGAGGCAGGAUACGACCCCAACUUCGGCAUGUUCCAGGGGAUCCCCAGCAACGACCCCAUCAACGUGCUGGUCCGAGUCUACAUUGUGCGGGCCACGGACCUUCACCCAGCUGACAUCAAUGGGAAAGCCGACCCCUACAUUGCCAUCAAGCUGGGGAAGACGGACAUCAAAGACAAGGAGAACUACAUCUCCAAGCAGUUGAACCCUGUCUUUGGAAAAUCCUUUGACAUCGAGGCCACCUUCCCCAUGGAGUCCAUGCUGACAGUGGCGGUGUACGACUGGGACUUGGUGGGGACCGACGACCUCAUUGGAGAGACCAAGAUUGACCUGGAGAACCGCUACUACAGCAAGCACCGAGCUACUUGUGGGGUGUCGCAGACUUACUCCAUACACGGUUAUAACACCUGGCGUGACCCCAUGAAGCCCUCCCAAAUCCUGUCCAAGCUGUGCAAAGAGGGCAAGGUGGAUGGGCCGCACUUUGGGCCAGGAGGAAGAGUGAAAGUUGCCAACAGAGUCUUCACCGGCCCCACGGAGAUUGAGGAUGAAAAUGGUCAGAAGAAGCAGACAGACGAACACCUGGCCCUGACCGUGCUGCGCCACUGGGAGGACAUCCCACGGGCAGGCUGCAAGCUGGUCCCCGAGCACGUGGAGACACGUCCGCUGCUGAACCCCGACAAGCCGGGCAUUGAGCAGGGUCGCCUGGAGAUGUGGGUGGACAUGUUCCCCAUGGACAUGCCAGCGCCCGGCCCUGCCAUUGAUAUUUCCCCCAGGAAACCAAAGAAAUAUGAGCUUAGAGUCAUAGUGUGGAACACAGACGAGGUCAUCCUGGAGGACGAUGACUACUUCACUGGCGAGAAAUCCAGUGACAUUUUUGUCAGGGGGUGGCUGAAGGGUCAGCAGGAGGACAAGCAAGACACAGAUGUCCAUUACCACUCCCUCACCGGUGAAGGCAACUUCAACUGGCGCUACAUCUUCCCCUUUGACUACCUGAUGGCGGAGGAGAAGAUCGUCAUCUCCAAGAAGGAGUCCAUGUUCUCCUGGGAUGAGACCGAGUACAAGAUCCCAGCUCGCCUCACCCUGCAAGUCUGGGAUGCUGACCACUUCUCGGCCGAUGAUUUCCUUGGGGCCAUCGAGCUGGACCUGAACCGCUUCCCCCGGGGAGCCAAGACAUCGAAACAGUGCAGCCUGGAGAUGGUGACAAACGAGGCAGAGCUGCCCAUGGUCUCCAUCUUCAAGCAGAAGCGGGUGAAGGGCUGGUGGCCAUUCGUGGCCAGAGAUGAGAAUGAUGAGCUGGAGAUCACGGGGAAAGUCGAGGCUGAACUGCACCUUCUGACGGCAGAGGAGGCAGAGAAAUCCCCCGCAGGGCUGGCUCGCAAUGAGCCCGAUCCACUGGAGAAACCCAACCGCCCGGACACGUCCUUCAUCUGGUUCCUGAACCCACUCAAGUCCAUCAAAUACCUCAUCUGCACACGCUACAAGUGGCUCAUCAUCAAAAUCGUGCUGGCCCUGUUGCUCCUCAUCAUGAUCGCCCUCUUCCUCUACAGCAUGCCAGGCUACAUGGUCAAGAAGCUGCUGGGAGCAUGAAGCAUGGGAGGUUUCCCCCAUGUCCCCAUUCCCGCGGCACAACCUCCCCCGGCCCCAUGCCCUUCUCUUUCCCACCUCGGGGGCCAUCUCCCUGCUGCUGCUGGCCCUCCGCUUUUGCAUUCCUCCUCUGUGGGUCCCGUUUGUGGUUUGAGUCCCAGAGAAAUGGGGCUGGAGGAUGGUAUCGAUCCCGAGGCUGUGCAUCCUUUACCGGGGCUGGUGGAGGUGCCCAGCUGGCUACUGCUGGGCAACCAGAGCUGCCACUGGGGCCAAGGCUCGUUGGAGGGACGUUCAGAAAGAAGGAUGAAGCGGGGACCUGGGAUGGCUGGGGACAUGCAAGCCCCACCGGUGCGGGGACAGCAGAGAGCGGCCCCAACGCCUGUCCCUGCUGCCAGCACUGUCCCUGCUCCACUCAUGGCUCUGGAGGUCACUGUCCCCCCAUGUCACCGUGGGGGACAGCGAGUCCUGUGCCCCAGCGACCACCAAGGCCCUGCAGAGAGCCCUGGGGCUCUUCCCUCCCCGUGGCUCCGGCAGAGGCAGGGGGGCGUCCAGCAGCUCAAACACCUCCCGCAGGUGACCGACCCAGAGGUGGUGGUGGCUGGACAUCCCCGGGGGCUCACAGGGAGCCAGGGUCCCCAGCACAGCGUGAGCUCCCUGUGGCCUUCUGGAUUCUUGGUUUAUGCUGCUUGGAUUGAUCUGUGUUGCGGCUGGAGUCUUUCUUGCCGUGUGUAUUAGGGAAGGGCUCUUUUCUCAGCUGGCUGCAAGGUUCAGCUGCGGAAAAGCCACCUUUCCCAGCUUCCGGCGUGCAAGGCCCUCACUGAGUAACUGAGGAGAUCUUGGGGAAGUUUUCAGGAUACUACUGUUUUAAUCAGUCAA